ACUCCAUUUCUCGUGCCUCUUUCGUUGCUCGCUCCACCCACCCAUCCAUUCUUUGCCUGCGUGCGUGUCGGGGCGAUCCCAGGUGCAUCUUCCGUACGACCUCUUUCGCCCCGGGUUUGCUUUGUACUGCCUUUGCUCUGCUUGCUCAUCACUGCUUGCGAGUGAGUGUGGUGUCUGUACGCCCUCUUUGGAAACAACUGUUGGAUCACUUCUUGCUCCGUCCUUCUUUUUUCCCGGCCAUUGUUCUUUGGAUCUGCCAAUUUACUUGUUACCUCAUCACUGAACUGGCAACCCCCUGUUCCUCUCGUUUCUUUGCUUUACUCUACCCGCUCUGCAUCCUGCUCCCAGUUAUUCGGUUUUCUUUGGACCGACAUUAACACUUUCCCUUUCGAUAUCGACCGCCUCCUUAGCUCGCCAGGAACCUCCAGAAGAUCUAUCGGCAUACAAUGAGGUGAAGAGUGCUGCACCACGGAAGGAUACUGGCAGCAUUGAAAGCCUGAAGAACGUCUGUCGGCUUCGGCCGCCCGCCACCCUCGGCUGGUCUGACAACUGACGUCCUCUUACCCCCUUUACUCUCUUGACGAAACCAACAACAACCCAUUCUUUUUCGACUAAUGCCAAUCGACCUGACCACGACCGACCACGAUAACGAGCCAGCGGAAUUCUCGUUGUGAAUUGAACUCGGACGAAAAGCAAGACGGCCGAGCCGAGUUGCCCAUCAAGAUGUCUCUCGUCAUUCCGGCAGGGGGUCUGGAGCUGGAGACGUCGGUCGACAAGAUGACCAGUCUCCCGCUCCAGGCUUUUGCCAUAACCCUGAGCGAUGACAUGCUUGAGGACCUGAUAGACAGCUUCCAAAAUGGCCAGGAGAUCGAGUUGUCCCUGGGGCAGUCACCGGCUUUCCUCUACGGCGGCAACACAGCACCCAUCACUCGAAUCCCCGAGAAUUUCUCCUACGACCUCUACGUUACCGAUCCGAACUCGCCCGAAACGGCUAGCCUUGCACCCAACCCGACGAUGCCAAUAUUCAAGAAACAACACCUCAACUUGGUCAAGAAGCCCAAGUACAUGCCAAAGGGCUUCAUUGACGAAGAUGAGGCCCCGGAGCUGGGAGCUUUAGAGAUCAUCGAGAACCCGGAAAAGUCUCAGACGUCCUCACAGUCCAAGAGCUCUUCACUUCAACCUCAGUCUGCGCUGAACAAGAAGCCGAAGUCUGCGACGGCCGGGAAGAAGACGGCGGCUAGUAAUGCGAUAACCAUGUCCACACAGGCUCGCUCGCGUCCGACAAGCCCGGCAAUCAGCGCCGUUGGCUCUCCUCUUCCCGAGUCGUCGAUCGAAUCUUCGCACCAGCAAAUCGUGAAGGAGGCUAAAGAACUACGCGCACCGCUCAUCCACGCCCUCGCUGUUCGGGAGAUGACAUAUGACGAACUCUGGGAGAAGUGGGGCAAGGGUGAUGAUGACGAGUCGAGGCGGGAGUUCCGUAAUAUUCUGAGCAAGGUCGCCGAGCAGGUCAAGAACUCUAACAAGUACAUGAUGAAGAAGAACCACUGGAAGGAGUUGGAUGUCUGGAAUCACAAUUACGACUCGGAUUCGGACCGCCAAACCGCCAUCGACAAUGCUGUGCGGCACUUUGACAAGAUGCGAAUUGGUGCCUCGGAGCCAGAGUGGCAGAAGCUGUUGCCGUUUGACGACCGUGGAAAGGGCAAGUGUCUGAGCAAGCUUCAAGCUUCGUUAGCCAGGGGCCCGAAAGGACUCACUGUUCACGUUCAGAAUGCAGACGAUACGAGCGGAGCUGGUUCGCCAGACACGGACAACCGCUCUAUCAGCGGGUCGCAGCCCAUGUCCAGGUCGAGCUCACAAAACAAGCCAAAGAAGGCAGUCGAAAAGAAACCAGCUGUUUCAGCACCGAAAAAGCCGACCGCUCCCAAGGUUUCUCCCUCCAAGCCCGCCGCCAAGCCGGCAGCCAAGACAGGAGCCAGAGGUCCGCUAUCAAAAGAAAUCAUCACCGAUUCUGACGAAUCCAGUGACGAGAUCCCGCUUUCGCAGACAAAGAACGUGGUCAAAAAACAAGCGGCACCUGCGGUGAGGGCUCCCAAGCCUCCAAUAUCUGCACCAGUUUCGGGUCCUUCGUCCCUUCCCAAGAAGCCCCCGCCACCUGCGGCACGCGAGCCAGCCAAGCCGCAGAUCACAGCAAAGCCGCCGGUGAAGAGACCACGCGAGGAGGAGGACAGCAGUUCCAGCUCGGGCACACCACUUGCUAAGAAGUUCAAGGUCAAGGAGCCAGUGAGGGCACCAAAAGAGCCCAUCAGGGCACCGAAAGAACCUAUCAGGGCGCCAAAGGAAACUACUGUCAGGGCACCCAAGGAGGUCAUCCGUGCGCCACGAGAGACGAAGCCGACCAAGGAACCCAAGGCUGCGCCUUUGCCUGUCAGCAAGCCCCGUCCCGCAGACUCGAGUCAGAGCACGUCGAGGACCGGAAGCUCGAAUAUAUCGUUCAACCGGUCGAAGAACACAUCGCCUGCCAAGUCUUCGCCUCUUGCAUCAUCGCCCCCAACCAAUGCUUCCGAUAUCGAUCCGGCUGAGGAGGCCAUGAUUGCUAAUGCCAAUCGCAAACGCAAGGCUGACGCAUACUACAACGACUCAUCGUCGACCACUAGCAGCAGCAGCAGCAACGUACAAACUUCGGGCAAGAACUCGAUUAAAAAGCGCACCCACGACGAUGACGUGAGCGUGAGCAGAAGAGGCGCUGGUAGCAAGCUUCCUCCGGAUGUUGUAGCCAAAGCACGCCGCUUCAAAGAGGCGUACUCGGAUUACGAGCGACUGCACUAUGAGCUUUCGGGAAUGAACAACCCCGAGGAGAGCAAGCUCAAUGAGCUCAUGAACAUGCACCGCAGGUUGGAAAAGAUGAAGAAGGAGAUAUACUCGACCACAGGUGCUACUUACAAUGGGGACCGUGACCGUGCUCACAAGUCUGGAGAGCAGAAGCGGAGUAGCGCCGUGGCCAGCAGCCGCCGCGAGCGCGACGAGUACAACGACUAUGGCCGGCAUUGAGAUUUGAGGAGGCGAUCAAAGUUGAGCGAUACUGCGCCGAUAAUAUUAUUCUUGGCAGCGAUUCGCUCCUUCGCAUCUCGAACCUGUUGCUGAAACAAGUCGAUUGACUCGGUGUGCUUCUGCUCCCAAGACUCGGAUCGCAAAGGCGGAUCUCCUAUACCAGGUGGCCGAUGUGUCUUGAUUAUUUCCCGAGAAGUGUUCUUUUUUUAACACAACUUUGUUUUGCUUUUCAAUGAUCGUUAUACUGCAUAUUUCUCAAGUUUUACCCCGGAGUGCUCCACAGAAGCAACUCUUGCACAUCUCAUUCCAUCAUUUUAUGGCGCACCUUGGUUCUGGAGUUCAUGGGCGGCAUAUAACAAAUGACAGCAUCUUUUGUCUUGAUGGAAAAUGGUCUUUUGGAUUAACUACUCCCCUUGUCCUCUCUUUCCUUUGCAUUAAUCAUAUACAAACACCUGGGGAGCAUAUCAUGAUCCUUUAUCGUUUACUCUUCGGGACAGGCAGGGGCAUUUGAAAUUAAGCGAUACCACACCAGGAUAUACUUGGUAUUUCAGUCCCACUAGGAGAACUGAAUGGCGGAGGGGGUCGAAAACAGGACUGGAAAGAUUGUGAGGGAUGACGAUAGGGGUUUCAAAGGUUGCUACUAUGCUUAACUAGUUGACAGUUUGAAUCAGCUACCUGACGUUUUGGUUCCUUUGCUUGCAUUUGACUCAAGGACUCUUGUUGGUUUUCAUGUAGUCUUUUUUUCAACGUCUCUAGCAGGUUUAGAGCAAGGGUUCAUUUAGCUACCGAAUUGAACACAGAAAGUUAAGCUCACGACCGCGAACUGCAGGCUGUUGAUGGGCAUACUGGAGAUAUGUGGU